AUGCCGCACUUUGACAGCCCUAAACGAUCUUUUGAGGACGUCUUUGAUCCCAAGAUUCACCUGAAUUAUUCACCUCCAAAGAAGGUGUACCCUCUUGCCGAUCUCAAACUUGAGCCUCGCGAGUUUUCAACUCCAAUAGCAGCGACGGCUCCGUUCCAGUUCCUCAGUGAGGCGGGAGUUUUGGCCUAUCGCAGAGCAUUGUUUGCUCCCGACGUACUUGAUCAGUGCGCCGUUUCGCCAUACCUCAAUACACUGAUCAUUCGAGACGCCGCGAAGAAGUCCAAGUUUCUUCAUGACUUCUGGAAUCACCCCGAGACAUUGGAGAUUCUUUCUGGACUGAUGCAAGCUCCCUUGAUGCCCAUCUUCAAGAUUGAGGAAGGCUUUGUCAGUGUUCAAACAAAGUCGUCGAAUGAUAUCGAAGAGAUGAAGAAGGAGGUCAGCAUUGAGCCGGAUCAUCAGUUGAUCGAAUUGAGUGAGGAAGAAAGAAAUGCCGAUCCACUGAAAACUGGGUCCAUUAUACCCUGGCACUUCGACUCUUAUCCUUAUGCUUGUAUCGUCAUGUUGAGCCAUACUGAUGGGAUGGUUGGUGGCGAGACAUUCAUCAAGUGCGGCAAUGGUACCAUCACAAAAGUCGAGGGGCCUAGCUACGGGUGUGCAUACAUCAUACAAGGCGGUAUCUUGGAACAUCUCGCAUCCAGAGCUAAGGGAGUCGAGGAGAGGAUCGCAAGUGUGGCAUCUUUUCGUGCGAACAUCGACGGCUUCUACGAUAUCAGCUUCACCACGAACACUCGCCCAAUGACCAACACUCAAGACCUUCACCGAGAAUGGGCCGAGUAUCGGUUGGAAGUCCUCAACAAAGAGAUCGAAGCUACACUUGAGAAAGUCAAAAGCAAUCAGAUCUCUACCGAAGACUUCCAUGUUUUUGCGAAACGGCAGGUCGUCUAUAUGCAACAGACGUAUCGACAGAUGGUGCCAAGGACUCUGAUCGACAAGACCAUCAAGGACCAUGGUAAUUAUGGUUACUAUCAUGCCGACAAGAUCUGGGAGGAGAUUCGCAAAUGUGCCGGCUUCGAAAUCAUGCUUACAACUGCCAACGAGAUGGAAGACUCAUGGGAGCCAGGUCGCGAUUAUCAAGGCGAUCUGGCAAUGUCUAGAUUGUCACUGAAGAGAGGUGAAAUUCUCCAGGGGCAACUGGGGAGGGUCAUUCCUAGCGUGAACCCCUGGCAGAGAUAUUCGAUGGGCGAUGAACUGCUCCGCCAAGGUCAGCGCGAGUUGUUUCUGGGAUGGAGUGACUACUUUGGGUUCUCGAGCUUGAUGCUAUCGAGUGUCCAUAAGUGA